AUGAGGGCGCGGCCGCAGGUGUGCGAGGCGCUGCUCUUCGCCCUGGCGCUCCACACCGGGGUGUCCUAUGGCAUCAAGUGGCUGGCACUGUCCAAGACCCCCGCCGCCUUGGCGCUGAACCAGACGCAGCACUGCAAGCAGCUGGAGGGCCUGGUGUCCGCGCAGGUGCAGCUGUGCCGCAGCAACCUGGAGCUCAUGGGCACGCUGGUGCUGGCCGCCCGGGAGGCCAUGAAGGCCUGCCGCAGGGCCUUCGCCGACAUGCGCUGGAACUGCUCCUCCAUCGAGCUCGCCCCCAACUACCUGCUCGACCUGGAGAGAGGGACGCGGGAGUCUGCCUUCGUGUACGCGCUGGCCGCCGCCGCCAUCAGCCACGCCCUGCGCGCCUCCCUGGAGGUGAAGUGUAAGUGCCACGGGGUGUCGGGCUCCUGCUCCGUCCGCACCUGCUGGAAGGGGCUGCGGGAGCUGCGGGACGUGGCCGCCGACCUCAAGGCGCGCUACCUGUCGGCCACCAAGGUGGUGCACCGGCCCAUGGGCACCCGCAAGCACCUGGUGCCCAAGGACCUGGACAUCCGGCCCGUCCAGGACGCGGAGCUCGUCUACCUGCAGAGCUCGCCCGACUUCUGCGUGAAGAACGAGAAGGUGGGCUCCCACGGGGACGCAGGACAGGCAGUGCAACAAGACGUCGAGCGGCAGCGACAGCUGCGACCUCAUGUGCUGCGGGCGCGGCUACAACCCGUACACGGAGCGCGUGGCGGAGCGCUGCCACUGCCGCUACCACUGGUGCUGCUACGUCACCUGCCGCCGCUGCGAGCGCGCCGUGCAGCGCUACGUGUGCAAGUGAGGGCGCGGGGCGGGGCGGGGCCUCCCACCCCGCACACCCGCCCGCCCCACCGCCCGCCCCACCGCCCCCGAGGAGGGCCGUGCAGCGCUACGUGUGCAAGUGAGGGCGCGGGGCGGGGCGGCCCGCACACCCGCCCCCCCAGGAGGCCGUGCAGCGCUACGUGUGCAAGUGAGGGCGCGGGGCGGGGCGGCCCGCACACCCGCCCGCCCCACCGCCCGCCCCGACGGAGGGCCGUGCAGCGCUACGUGUGCAAGUGAGGGCGCGGGGCGGGGCGGCCCGCACACCCGC